UAUUCAUUCGUUAAGCGACGGUCGUCCAAAAAGGCAGAAAAUGUGGAAAUUCAUUGAUGAACAGUGGUGAAAAGUGCGUGCAGUCAUUCGCUUCAAUUUGUCGUGGCCGAUUCCUUUUCGCAACCAAUUUUUCUUAUUUUUUUUCUUGUCAGUAACAAGUUGUCGGUCAAUAAAAGUAGAGUGCAAUACAAGUGCAAUAUUAAUUAAGUAAUAGAGGAAACGUAAUAUGCGUGUGCAAUACAAACAAAUGACCAUGUAACGGCCAACAGAAAUGUAUAUGCAAUACAAACGUACAUACAUGUGUAAAACAAUAAGCGCAAAACACCGCCCAUCCCCGCUUGAAAAGUAAAACCAGCAAUCUGCGAAACCUUCGACCAUCAUUGGGUUUUACUGUACUUGAAAAUGGACUGUGCCACGCGAAAACAACAACAAUUACGGGCACAUCAUCAGCAGCAACAAAUACAAAUACAAACACAUGGACGAAAGCGGCAGCAAUUACAAAAACAACGCCACAACCACCACCACUACUACCAAAAUUCACAACAACAACAAAAACAUUUCGUGUGGCUUGUUGUUGGCAUUUUGACAAUUUUUUUGGCUCAGCACGCAAAUGCCGCUGAUCUAGUGAUAAAUGUACCAAAUGCGAGCAGCAACGCCAACGCCUUCUACAGAAUCGACUACAGUCCGCCCUUUGGCUUCCCGGAGCCGAACACCACGAUUCCGGCCAGUGAUAUUGGCAAGGACAUCAAGUUCUCGAGGGCUCUGCCGGGCACGGAGUACAACUUUUGGCUGUACUACACAAACUCCACGCAUCGGGAGCAGCUUACGUGGACGGUGAACAUAACGACAGCUCCCGAUCCGCCGGCCAAUCUUAGUGUGCAGCUGCGGUCCAGCAAGAGUGCGUUUAUAACGUGGCGACCGCCUGGAUCGGGUCGCUACUCGGGAUUUCGGAUCCGUGUGCUGGGCCUCACGGAUCUGCCAUUUGAGCGCAGCUACUCGCUGGAAGGCAACGAAACGUUGCAGUUAUCGGCCAAGGAACUGACACCCGGGGGCAGCUACCAGGUUCAGGCGUACUCUGUCUACCAGGGCAAGGAAUCGGUGGCCUACACAAGUCGCAACUUUACCACAAAGCCCAACACGCCCGGGAAGUUCAUUGUGUGGUUCCGGAAUGAGACGACCCUCCUGGUGCUGUGGCAGCCACCGUUUCCGGCUGGAAUCUAUACCCACUACAGGGUAUCCAUAACGCCGGACGACGCCAUCCAGAGUGUACUGUAUGUGGAACGGGAGGGUGAACCGCCGGGACCGGCACAGGCGGCAUUCAAAGGUCUCGUUCCCGGCAGAGAGUACAAUAUCUCGGUGCAGACGGUUUCCGAGGAUGAAACGUCGUCGGUCCCAACGACAGCCAGAUAUUUAACCGUACCGGAGCGCGUGCUAAAUGUCACCUUCGACGAGGCCUAUACCACAUCGAGUUCCUUUCGCGUAAGAUGGGAGCCGCCGCGAACCUACAGCGAAUUCGAUGCCUACCAGGUGAUGCUCUCCACGUCGCGUAGGAUAUUUAAUGUGCCACGCGCAGCGAAUGGCGAUUCGGUGUAUUUCGACUAUCCGGAUAUUUUGGAGCCAGGUCGCACGUACGAAGUGGUGGUCAAGACAAUUGCGGACAAUGUGAAUUCGUGGCCAGCCAGCGGAGAGGUCACUCUGCGUCCACGGCCAGUUCGCAGUCUGGGCGGAUUCCUCGACGAUCGCAGCAAUGCUCUGCACAUAUCGUGGGAACCGGCGGAAACGGGACGACAGGACUCGUAUCGAAUUAGCUACCAUGAGCAGACGAAUGCCAGCGAGGUGCCGGCACCGUUUCCGGUUGCCGCUGAAUCCCAAAUCACCACGAAUCUUACGGAGUACACACUGGACUCGCUGCUGGCAGGACGACGCUAUCUGAUCGCCGUGCAGGCCCUGUCCAAGGGUGUGGCCUCCAAUGCCAGCGACAUAACGCGCUACACACGUCCGGCGGCGCCACUUAUUCAGGAAUUGAGGAGCAUCGAUCAGGGUCUCAUGCUCAGCUGGCGUAGUGAUGUGAACUCUCGCCAGGAUCGCUAUGAGGUGCACUACCAGCGCAAUGGAACGCGCGAGGAGCGCACAAUGGCCACCAAUGAGACAAGUCUGACGAUACACUACCUGCACCCAGGAUCCGGUUAUGAGGUGAAGGUGCACGCCAUUAGCCACGGAGUGCGAAGCGAACCGCACUCCUAUUUCCAAGCAGUUUUUCCCAAACCGCCUCAGAAUCUCACCCUGCAGACAGUGCAUACGAAUCUAGUGGUGCUUCAUUGGCAGGCGCCGGAGGGCAGCGACUUUAGUGAAUAUGUAGUGCGAUACCGCACGGAUGCCUCGCCCUGGCAGCGGAUAUCCGGAUUGCACGAGAACGAGGCGAGAAUCAAGGACAUGCAUUAUGGCGAACGGUAUCUGGUGCAGGUGAACACCGUGAGCUUUGGCGUCGAGAGUCCCCAUCCGCUCGAGCUGAAUGUGACGAUGCCACCGCAACCGGUGUCGAAUGUGGUGCCAUUGGUGGAUUCGCGUAAUCUCACCCUGGAAUGGCCGAGACCCGAUGGUCAUGUGGAUUUCUACACACUCAAGUGGUGGCCCACCGAUGAGGAGGAUCGUGUGGAGUUCAAGAAUGUUACGCAGUUGGAGGAUUUAAGCUCUCCCAGCGUUCGGAUACCCAUUGAAGAUUUGUCGCCAGGUCGCCAGUAUCGUUUCGAGGUUCAAGCCAGUUCCAAUGGCAUUCGUUCGGGGACUACCCAUCUGUCCACCCGCACCAUGCCACUGAUUCAAUCCGAUGUGUUCAUCGCCAAUGCGGGGCACGAACAGGGUCAGGAUGAGACCAUUACCCUUAGUUACACACCCACGCCGGCGGACAGUACUCGCUUCGAUAUCUAUCGCUUUUCGAUGGGCGAUCCGACGAUCAAGGACAAGGAAAAACUGGCCAACGAUACGGAACGCAAGCUGAGCUUUUCGGGACUGACGCCUGGCAAGCUGUAUAACGUGACCGUGUGGACAGUGAGUGGCGGAGUGGCCAGUUUGCCGGUUCAACGGCUAUAUCGCCUGCAUCCGCUGCCCAUUAGUGAUUUGAAGGCCAUCCAGGUGGCUGCUCGUGAGAUAACGCUGCAUUGGACAGCACCUGCUGGCGAAUAUACUGAUUUUGAACUGCAGUACCUAAGUGCAGACGAGGAGGCACCACAACUGCUUCAGAAUGUGACCAAGAAUACAGAGAUUACGCUGCAGGGCUUGCGUCCGUAUCACAAUUACACAUUCACCGUGGUGGUGCGAUCGGGCUCCAUCCAGGGCACAGAUUUCGCCGAUGUUUCCGUCAGCACCCUGAUGCGCAGCAGUGCUCCCAUCUCGGCCAGUUACCAAACGCUGACCGCUCCGCCGGGAAAAGUCGAUUACUUCCAGCCCAGUGAUGUGCAGCCUGGUGAGGUUACCUUCGAGUGGAGUCUGGAACCCGCCGAACAGCAUGGACCCAUCGAUUACUUCCGCAUUACAUGCCAAAAUGCUGACGAUGCAGCGGAUGUAUCAAGCUACGAAUUCCCGGUGAAUGCUACCCAGGGAAAGAUUGAUGGUUUGGUACCCGGCAAUCAUUACAUAUUCCGAAUACAAGCCAAGUCGGCUUUGGGCUACGGUGCCGAACGGGAGCACAUCCAAACAAUGCCCAUACUAGCACCUCCGGUUCCGGAGCCAAGUGUAACACCACUGGAAGUGAGCAGGACCAGUAGCACCAUCGAGAUUAGUUUCCGUCAGGGUUACUUCUCCAACGCUCAUGGCAUGGUAAGAUCCUAUACGAUAAUCAUAGCCGAGGAUGUGGGCAAAAAUGCCUCCGGACUGGAGAUGCCCAGCUGGCAGGAUGUGCAGGCAUAUACCGUGUGGCUGCCUUAUCAAGCCAUAGAGCCAUACAAUCCAUUCCUGACCAGCAAUGGCAGCAGAAAGAGCAGCCUGGAGGCAGAGCAUUUUACGAUAGGAACGGCGAACUGCGAUAAACAUCAGGCGGGCUACUGCAAUGGUCCGCUGCGGGCUGGAACCACCUAUAGGAUUAAGAUUCGUGCCUUUACGGACGAGGACAAGUUCACGGACACGGUGUACAGUUCACCGAUAACCACCGAACGCAGUGAUACCGUCAUAGUGGCGGCUACCGUUUCGGCUGUGUUACUGGUGGCAAUGGUGCUUGUGGUGGUGUACUGUCAGCACCGCUGCCAACUGAUUCGUCGCGCCUCCAAGUUGGCACGCAUGCAGGACGAGCUGGCCGCCCUGCCCGAGGGCUAUAUCACGCCCAACCGACCUGUUCAUGUGAAAGACUUCUCCGAGCACUACAGGAUCAUGUCGGCCGAUUCGGACUUUCGUUUCAGCGAGGAGUUCGAAGAGCUGAAGCAUGUGGGCCGCGAUCAGGCCUGCAGCUUUGCCAAUCUGCCCUGCAAUCGGCCCAAGAACCGAUUUACCAAUAUCCUGCCCUACGACCAUUCCCGUUUUAAGCUCCAGCCAGUGGACGACGACGAUGGUUCGGAUUAUAUUAAUGCGAACUACAUGCCGGGACACAAUUCGCCGCGCGAGUUUAUCGUCACCCAGGGACCGUUGCACUCGACGCGCGAGGAAUUCUGGCGGAUGUGCUGGGAGAGCAACUCCAGGGCGAUUGUCAUGCUGACGCGCUGCUUUGAGAAGGGUCGCGAGAAAUGCGAUCAGUACUGGCCCGUGGAUCGGGUGGCCAUGUUCUACGGGGACAUCAAGGUGCAGUUGAUUAUCGACACGCACUACCACGACUGGAGCAUAUCAGAGUUUAUGGUCUCAAGGAACUGCGAAUCGCGUAUAAUGCGUCACUUUCACUUCACCACAUGGCCGGACUUUGGGGUUCCAGAGCCGCCGCAGUCGCUGGUUCGCUUUGUGCGCGCCUUCCGCGAUGUCAUCGGCACAGAUAUGCGUCCCAUCAUCGUCCAUUGCAGCGCUGGAGUGGGCAGAUCGGGCACGUUUAUAGCCCUGGAUCGCAUCCUGCAGCACAUUCACAAGUCAGACUACGUGGACAUUUUUGGCAUCGUGUUUGCCAUGCGAAAGGAGCGCGUUUUUAUGGUGCAGACGGAACAGCAGUAUGUGUGCAUCCAUCAGUGUCUGCUGGCGGUGCUGGAGGGCAAGGAGCACCUGCUGGCCGAUUCGCUCGAGCUGCACGCCAACGAUGGCUACGAAGUGACUAAAAUUUACUUAGAGCGCCAGCCACAAACGAAAAUGGGAACCUUGCCCAUACGAGCUUCUCUGGCCAUGGCCGAGAAACUGGACGCGGAUUUAAUGACCAACAAGGAUGAGGAUGAGGAUCAGGAGCAGCAGCAGCAGCAGCAGCUGCAGCUGGCCACGGAAGUUAAGCCAAAGGGUAGCAAUGACGAUGAAGAAGACGAAGAAGACGAUGACGACGACGACGAUGACCAGCAGCCGUUGAACAAUGAAACGACGGCCACCUUGUCAUCGGCCAGCUGCAGCAGCAGCACCCAUGACGUGCAUGUGGUUCUCCAGGAGGCGAUAGAAAAACCCAAGCAAGAGCAGGAACGAAUCUGCGCCGGCACACAGUCCCAUGCAGAUACCGAAUCUGACAACACAGACUCAGAUGACGAUGAUGAGGAUGGGGAUGGGAAGGUGGCCAAGGAUGGGGCUGUCGCCGAUGAGGAUGGCUGGUGGUAUUGAUAGAAAAGUCAACUUUUUAGAUGACGAAGGCAUAGCUGAGACGGGAAUCUGAGGAUGCUUGCUGCGGGAACAUCUACAUAUGAUAUAUAGUACCUAUAGUUAUUUUUUUUUUUUUUACAUAUACUAUACGUAAAAUCUGCCUGUGAUGUGCUGGAUGUGAUUUGUCUACGAAGUGGCACUCGGAGUUGCUGUCAAAUGAGUUGAGUUUGUUGCCCAUAUUCUGCGGAGGAUCGUCGGCAGAUUCAUCCGUGGGAUAAUGGAUGCGCUUUUUGGCCUGUGCCAUGUGUGCGAGUACGCCGUACCGCCUGUUUGCCAUAGAGCUAAGCUAGCUAGCCCGCUUAUUUAAUGUAAUGCCGCCAAACUCUAGACCAAACCAACAAGAGCGUAAACUUAAGCUUCAGGUUUAACAAUCUGCUACCUAUUUUUGUAUCUGUACCUACCUGUAUCCCUGUACCUACUGUAUAACUACCUAAACAAAAAAAAAAAAAAAAACUAUUUACAUAUUACCCUUUGCUCUGUCGUGUUGUGUAUAGAUUUGUACAUUUGUUACCACUUAGUGUGCGCGUCGAUCGAUAUUAUGACCAUACUAUGUUUACCAUUACCACUAUGACUAUUACUCUAAACGAUUGUGUAUUAUUUUAUUAUAUAGUUUAUAUAGCCUAGUUACGUUUUAUCGAUAGACUUUAGACCACGAUUAGUCAGCGAAAUGUUGGCUCUAACUGCAUGCAGCUUUCCAUUUGCCCUUUCCGUUGGCCAUCAAGUCUCGAAAUAACCAAGCGAUUCCAUCGGAUCUGUCCGAAGCAGCAUUAGUACCGUACCGUACCGUACAGUACAGUACAGUACAGUACACUGCAGUUAAAGUUAUUAGCAUUUAUUUUACUAUAUUUUAUUUUAUGAUAUUGUAUUGUAUUGUAUUGUAUUUUUUUUAGAUGUGCAUCUACACAAGAUCAAUAAAUUUAUAUUGAG